ACUGGCCGCACCUUCUGCCGAGCGGCGCUGCCGCGGAUGUGGAUGGAGCGGGUGUCCGGGGAGCAGUCUCCGGCUCGGCCCUGCUCAUCUAAGGUUCAGCGACACCGCGGACUCGUCUCCCUGGCCGAGGCGACCGAGUCACCGCUUGCGAGCCCAGCUGCCUGUCAGGGCGAGAGACAAAACGCCAAAGAACCUCCAGCCUCUGAUCCUGCCUGGUUUUAUUUUAUCUUCUGCAAUUACUUCGGGAAAAAACCCCCAAAAAUACAUCGCCGUGUUUUUAACAAUUCGUGUCGCGUGUGCAGCUGUUUCCAGCACACCCCUGAUAAACAAAGGAAAAGGGGGAGGAGGCCCGCGUUUCGCAGAAGACAUGCGUUCCGUCAGGAAGAGGUGGACUGUGUGCACCAUAAGUCUCCUCCUCAUCUUCUAUAAGACGAAGGAAAUAACACGGACCGAGGAGCGCCAGGAGGCAGCUCUCGCCGGAGAUGGUGUACUGAGUUUCAGUAGAUCAAUGAUCAAUAGCUCCGAUAAGAUAAUUCGAAAGGGUGGCUCCUCAAUUUUCCAACAUCGUGCAGAAGAUUGGAAAAUCAAUUCUUCUUUGGUAGUGGAAAUAAGGAAGAACAUUCUUCAGUUCCUGGAUGCUGAAAGAGAUGUCUCAGUGGUCAAAAGCAGCUUCAAGCCCGGAGAUGUAAUUCAUUAUGUACUGGACAGACGUCGCACUCUAAAUAUUUCUCAGGAUUUGCACAGCCUUCUCCCUGAAGUUUCCCCAAUGAAAAAUCGCCGAUUUAAAACCUGUGCAGUUGUUGGGAAUUCUGGCGUCCUUCUGAAGAGUGGUUGUGGAAAAGAGAUUGACAGCCAUGACUUUGUUAUAAGGUGCAAUCUAGCUCCUGUGAUGGAGUAUGCUGCCGAUGUGGGAACUAAAUCUGAUUUUAUUACCAUGAACCCAUCAGUUGUACAAAGAGCAUUUGGAAGCUUUCGGAAUGAGAGUGACAAAGAAAAAUUUGUGCAUAGACUAUCCAUGCUGAAUGACAGUGUCCUUUGGAUCCCAGCAUUCAUGGUCAAAGGUGGAGAGAAGCAUGUGGAGUGGGUUAAUGCAUUAAUCCUUAAGAAUAAGUUGAAAGUGCGAACUGCCUAUCCAUCAUUGAGACUUAUUCAUGCUGUCAGAGGCUAUUGGCUGACAAACAAGGUGCACAUUAAACGACCCAGCACUGGUCUUCUCAUGUAUACACUUGCCACCAGAUUUUGUGAUGAAAUUCACCUGUACGGAUUUUGGCCAUUCCCAAAGGAUUUACAUGGAAAACCAGUCAAGUAUCACUAUUAUGAUGAUCUGAAGUAUCGGUACUUUUCUAAUGCCAGUCCUCAUAGGAUGCCAUUGGAGUUUAAAACAUUGUAUGUGUUACAUAAUAGAGGAGCACUUAAGUUAACAACAGGGAAAUGCAUACAGCAACAAAGCACAAUUAUUGUACAAUAAAUACAGAAUUCACACCUCAUCAUAAAGAUGUUGUGAAAUGGCAAUGGGACCACAGUGGGGAUUUGUUUCAAUACCCACUAAGUCAUUGGAAGAAUGUGUUAUAUCAGAAGUACAUAACCAGCUAUUAUACCUGUAAAGUGCUAUAUAACUAAGCUAUCUGGACUGCAAGGUUUCAAGUGCCACUUUCAUUAAGAAGAAAGCUUGAAUGUAUGCUCAGUAGUGUUUACAGGAUGCAGUGACACAUUCAUCAUGAAUUAAAGAAGAAAAAGAGCCUGCCAAUUUGCAGCUGUGGUCGGACAGGCCACACAAGAAUACCCAGUUGAUGGAAUAUUUACUUGAGUAAAUAAAUCAGGCUUUGGCAGAAGAUAUCACAGUGGGUUUUAGUAGAGAAAGUGAAAUGUGUAAGAUCAAAAGAAUCAGUAAAUGCCUUCAGUCAGAGAACUGUUUUUGAUAUUGUAUUAUAACCUCAGCUCUUGUUGCUGUUUUUAUUACUGUUUGUUGGGUUUUGUUUCUUUUAAGUUUUGGAGUCCUUGCAAGAUUUCAAGGAUGUUAUGAGUAAUUACAUUUUUUAUCUUAUGGAAUUGUCUUAAGGAAAAAAGAUUUGUAAGCAUAGGAGGGUGGAGUAGAACAUCAAAUAUUUUUUCAAGUGUUAUUUUGUUGCAUCCUGUUGUCACACAGUCCUUAACAUCCCAAUUGUUUUUCUAGAUACUGUUGUCAGUACCCAUUACAUGAAACUACAUGGAUACCAUUUUGAUAUGACUUAUAAGUUUUUUCCUCCUGUACAGAUUUCAAGACAUUCAAGAGGGUGCCCUUAUUUUCAAUGCCAAAGAUUACUUUUAUACACAUUUUUCCCUUCUCUUAGAGAAAUGAUGUGGAUUUAUGUUUCUUUGCUGCUUAAAGGAACAUAUUCUUUGUUAUUUAUAUUUUUUAAGCAUCUCAAAUCAAGGCCUAUGUAUAGACUUCACAUAUAGAAUUCUUCAGAAAAAUCUGCAGGAAUAAAGAAAUUACUUCAUGCAUUCAAAUGUGUGUGUGUGUGUGUGUGUGUGUGUGUAUGUAUAUAUAUGUGUGUGUGUAGCUUUAUUCUUGGUGAAAGGAAAAAGUCUAAAGAAACUCAGGUGGCAGUGGAACUAAAGGGAAAAAAAACACCUAGCCAGUUAUUGGGAAAAGAUGUAGAUCAUACAUCUUUUAAACUUCUAAUUUUGUUAAGUAUUUAUUUAAUACACCUCUUGUAUAAUCUAGACAUUCUGAUGUGUAACUGUAACACUUUUUCUCACAGUUGGUUUUUUAAUCAUCAGAGUUCUUUCACUUCCUUAUUUCCAAGAAACGAAAACAAGAAAUUACAGGAGCAUAGGAGAGAGUGGAGUGUCAGUACAGCAUCUAUUAGGAAACAAAACUUGUCAUCCGAUGAUGUUUUUUAGUGCUAAAGGAGCACAUAAAUAGGUAACAUCAUGGUUUCAUAUCUUUUCUGUUAUGCUUGGCUAAGGAGUAGGCAUGCAGUUAUAAUGUAUGGAUAUUUUCUUGUUAAAUUUUCAGAGCUACAUUAGGUCCUGAUCUCCAGAUCUGAUAUUCAGUGUAUCUACUGAAUUUUUAAUUAGUUUGAGCAAUUUCAUAUGUUUUACCACUCUCACAAACAUUUACUAGCUGAAAAUGCUCUUUAUUGUCCAUUUUCUUCUCUUAAGUUCCUAUAUUUCAUCAUGCAUGAUUGGAGAUCUGGGAUUGGUAGCUAAAUCAGUGCCUUUCAGUCAAAUAUUACAGGAAGUAGGAAGUCAGUUCUGUUAUAUGUAAGAUACAGUAACAUCCUUCUUUAUUUGCCAGACUUUUGUACUUAGGACAGUUUACUUCGGCCACAUGCUGAUGUGCAAUAAGUGGUCCUAACAUGAAACUCACUGAAACCAAGGCAUCAUGAGGAAGUAAACAGCCAUGCAGAAUGGAAUGUGUUUAAUUUGAUGUUUAUAAACCAGAGAGUGCUAUUUGUUCGCUAUGUACGCCUUCAUUUUAAUACAAGGUUAUUUUUUCAAUUAAGGGUGAACAUAUUUCUGUUCUUGCUGUUAGUGUUUUGCUACUAUUGAUCUUCUAAAGCAUAUUUCAUAUGCAUUGACAAAAUUGCUAUUGGAAUAAAGAAUUCACAGAUUGUGAGUCUCUCAGAAGCUCAGAGAAACAUCUGCUCAACUUUAUCUUCUGGGAGUGUCUUUUCUUCUCUCUAGUGUCAGGCUAUUAACAUCAACCUCAUGCUCAAGUAGUCUAAAAUAUUAACUGACAGGUGAUUUUGUUCACCUGUGGAAGGUUUGAGUAUGCCACCUGAUUAUGUAUCUGACAGCAAAGUCAAUGGGGACUCCCGCAUUCCGUGGCAGUAAAAAAAAUAUUUGUGCAAAUGAAUACAUGAAAAGAGUUUCAUGUAAAUAGAAAGAUAGGUGAGGGAAUUUGCCUUUAAAAAUUUGCCUUAAAAGAGAAAUUAAACCUUGGCCUAAGCCUUGGUUUUGCAUGCUUCACAUUUGAUUUUCUGCAAGUAAAGUUAACUUUAGUACAAAAGCCAUGGAGUACAGUUUUUUACCCUAUCACUAAAUUUCUCUGACUUGGUUUGGCACAAGACAUGACUAACACCUGCUUCAAAGACAACAGAAUUUUCCCAUACCUCCUCAAAACUGGGCCUUAACCUCAUCUUCUGCAGGCUUUCUACCUUCAGUACUGCACUCUUGGAUGCUGUGAGCUAUAGGCUGAGGGCACUCAGCCAUCAUCCACACUCAUCCUUCUCCCAGCACUCUCCCCUUAAACCAGCACCUAGGUGUGUCUCCUUACCAAAACCAUGGGACUCCACACCAGUACACCUCUUCUCCCACUUGCCUCACUUUAUCCUGAGCUGAGGUGUGAUGUAGUGAGGGGUGGGUCUCAAACUAUUCUCUGAGGCAAGUGUCAGUUGUAGUCUGACUCUGCUGGUUUUUACAAGGACUAGGGGUCAUUUUACACUAUUGUUCUUGUAUAAGAGCUGUGUCCAUGUGGAGCCCAAAGAUUCUUUGGUGUGUGGUUUGAUGUUUCAAAAACAAUUUCUUUUGAGAUAGUUUGUGACCACCAGUUACUGUUUGGUCUAAGGUGACCUGAGGUGAGACAUGCCCAGGGCUUUCCUUGUUUGCAUUCUACAGCUGGGAAGCUGUAGCAAUGGGUUCAUUGCAGACACCCUUCUUAUCUGUUCCUUAUACUUUCUGAGGCUCUUGGAGCAUUUCUGUUAAGGCACCCCAGAACCUAAUGGAAAAACAGAUUACUUCUGCUGUGUGACUUUUUCCCUAAGGGUGACCCAGGACAUGGCAGCAAAAUCUUAACUGCUUAUUAGAGACUUUAAGGUGGAAUGGAUUUCACUUUGCAAUUCUUUACUGGUUAGCAGUCAACAGCUUAAGCCUUCAUAGCUGCCUUAGGUGAUUUAUGUUGUUUUAUAUAUAUUCACACCUCUGCUGCCAACAGCACAGAGGAUAAUCAAUUUAUAUUAUAAUUACCGCUUUUAUAAUCCAACACUACCAACAACUAAGAAAGUAGUAGGAUAAAAAGAAAGAUCCCUAAUGUUUUCUGCCCUGGUGAGAAGCAACUGAAAUCCCAAUCAAUUGUGUUCAGAGUGUUCCUCAAGUUUAUCCUCUCAUCAGCUAUAUCAAUUGCCUGCUGUAGUUCCUAAAUGUACAUUAAAAAUAAGAACUGGAAACUAGAUCAAGACAGCAGACUGCAUCUAUUUUUCCAAAGGUUAUGGCAGCUUUGCAAUAAAUAACUUGAUUUCAUUCAGAUAAAUUGAUUGUAAAUUGCUUAUUAAGAUACAUGUUAAUGUUUCUGUGAUAGUCCUUCAUAUUUCAUACAACUAAUAGAUGAAUGUUUGAUAGUUAACUUUCCAGCUUUGGGACAGUUCUCUUCCACAGCUCUGAGCCACUCUCCAGAUAUAAGAACUACUGAACCUUUCCAAUCUGAGUCUGAUGUGUAGUAACAACUGCAUCAUUCUUUUGUUAGACAAUAUAAGCAACAUGUUUGAGGUCAGUACUUUUUCUCUAAUUGUGAUUUGAAGAAAAACAGGUGCAGGUUCAGUACCUUUUUAAGUGAUUGGUCUAGCAAAGUGCUAAGCACUCUUUGCGGUGACUUUCCUGGGAGAGACAUGUCCAGGAUAUAGAUGGGGAUCUAGAUUAGCAUAUUUUGGGACAGAACUCUGAAAUUGCACAUUAUUUAUUUUUAAGAGCACUGUUACUUUGUGCAAGGAAAAGCACAAUUGUUAUAAAUGUAGAUAAAGGAGAGUACUAUUGCUACUGAGUGUAUGUCAUACAAUUUCUCUGGUUUAAAGUACUGACACAUAUUCUUUUAGAAUUGCAAUGUUUGACACUGUUGGUUUUAUUUCAAGUACAGCUAUGGGGAUUGGUUUUUAUUUGUAUAACUGAAAAAUAAAAAUUUCCUUUCGUGUUUUCUGCUA